GGUAUAUUAAUUUUGUCCCUUCGCGGCUACUGUACAGAGUGUCUUUUCCGGUACUGAAGAGCUGUUAGCGGUUUGUGUGAAGGUCGCGAGUCCAACCUGUGAUCCACCAUGUCUCUGCCAAAGCCUAUGAUGAGGGGGCUGCUGGGAAAGCGUCUGAGGUUUCAUUUGCCCAUUGCCUUCGCUCUGUCCUUUGUGGCUGCAGCCACAUUCAAGUACGGAGUGACGGAGCCCAGGAAACAGGCCUACGCUGACUUCUACAAGCAGUACGAUGCCACCAAAGAGUUCAACGCCAUGCGGGAAGCUGGCAUCUUUGAGAGUGUGCGGCCCUCUGGGGAGUAAAACCAACUCUCCUCUUCCCUGUCAUUCAUUCCCGGUCUAAGGAUGAAGUUCCUUUUUGCCCCCUCGGAUGUUAUUUACUGAUUUAGACGCGAACAUCGCUAUGUUGUUUUUGUUCCUCUGAAUAAAAUAUUCUAUUAAUCUAAA